CUCCUCCCCGCCAGUCUAGGUACUUCUGUGUGGCUGAGAGGCGGCACAGACAAACCGGUGCAGACGAGGACCCACUGACAAAGCGAUACAGAGAAGGCGGUACAGAAAAAAGGGAUACAGACAAGGACGUACAGAGAAAGGUGUUCAGAACUUGAGGUACAGACAAGGCGGUACAGACAAAGCGAUACAGACUAAACGGUACAGAAAAACCGACCCUCUGACCUCAAACUCGCGCGCAUUCUUCUCCGUCAUGGCUCCGAUAUCAAACUCCACCUCCUCGGGCGUUCCUCAAGGCGGCAAAAGCUUCAACGACAGCUUCUGGAACUUCGAACUGCCCAUCAGCCGCCGAGGUCACUUCUUCCAGGACGCGGCCUUUGAGAGCACCUACGAACAGCUGAAUGAGAACGUCCGGCGGAUUCUUCAGCGUUGGGGAGAGGCGGACUUCCUCUCAGAACCCGAAGACGUGAAGAUUCGUCCCUCAGAGUCCCUAAGCCGCUUCAGGCAGCUCCGGAAACACAACUACUUGAAGGAGGAGGACCAGGCUGUCACAGUGGCCUCAGACGCUACCAGUCACAAGAUCGUGAUGGACGUGCAUGACUUCGUGAGCGGUGAGGUGAAGGCGCGGGUGGAGGGCGAGCGGGAGCUGGUGGUGGAGGGGCGCACAGAGACCAAGACGGGCGACUGGGCGGCUUCGAGUAGCAGCUUCCGGCGACGCUUCUGCCUCCCGACCAACGCUGACCUCACCGCUGUGUCCGCCGUGCUCUCCGACGACGGCAUCUUGACUGUCACGACGCCUCUGAAGGGCGCGCCGCAGAGCCAGGGCCACGUGGAUGUCCCUCUCGUCGCGCAAGACACUCACUCCGGCCUGACAGACGCCCGCACGAGCUUCACAUCCUCACUGACCGCUGACAACGCACAGCAGUCCACGUGCACCUGUCGCCUCGGGGAGCAGACCAGGAGGAGCCCAAGACCAGGGGGACGCGAGCACAUCAUCCCCAUUAGAGUUGACGACGACCAUGAGGCUUCCCACAGCGCCCAGGCCAGCGUCAGCACCCAGGCCGCCCGGGAGUCGCAGAAUCGUGAAUUUACUUCCCACACGAAGGCUGAGUCCACCGCCAGCAGCACACACGAGGCUUUCGCAAGACAGUCUAAGUGUGGUGAGAGCCCCGCCACUUCCAGAGCCUCCAGCGUCACCUCCCAGGCCAGCGGCAAGGACACGACUCAGACACAAUCGACCGCCACGACAUGGAACGCGAAGGUCAGGAGUGCUCCCGCCAACCAGCUUCCGAUCACCCGACGCGGUCUCUUCUUCGACGACUCCUUCUUCUCGGGUCUUCACCAGGACUUUGAGAGUGCAGUGAACGACGUGUUGGGCCGCUGGGGCGAGACUAGCGUGCUGACCGACGACCGAGAUAACACGAGUCGUCUGGGCCGCUACAGGCAACUCCGCGAACAGAACCUGAACGUGGAGAGCCAGGCUGUGACCUCUACUUCGGACGAGACCAGCCACAAGAUCGUGAUGGAUGUGCAUGACUUCGUAGGCGGCGAGGUGAAGGCGCGGGUGGAGGGCGAGAGGGAGCUGGUGGUGGAGGGACGCACUGAAACCAAGACCGGCGACUGGGACGUGUCGACCAACACCUUCCGCCGACGCUUCUGCCUCCCGCGCGACACGGACUUGGCCGCCGUGUCCGCUGUGGUGUCCGACGAUGGUGUCCUGACCGUCACGGCGCCCAGACUCCCAAAGCAACAGCAGCAACACAAGGGCCGAGAAACACUCAUCCCGAUACACACUGAAGACAGCCAGCACACAACACACCAAGAACACAAGGCCUCCACCACCUCCUCGACGAAGUGCGUCAACUGCUCGACGGCUCCUUCGCGGCAGACGUCGACGAUUGGGACGCAGACGGAAGACCAGACAGAUUUGUUCUCGAAAUCCUUUACGAAGAAGACAGAGGACACAAGAGAGGUACACGCGACCAAAGAGCACCAACAAAAGUCGACCCAGGAACUACACCACCACCUCACGCAGGACUCCACCUCGCUGCCCAUCACGACGCGCGGGAUGUUCUUCGGCGACGCUUUCUUCAAGGACUCGUGGCAGGACUUCCAGGAGGCGGUGCGGGACGUGGUGGCCAAGUGCGGGGAUCCUGCGUGUCCUGCCGACGACCUCACGCACUACAGGACUCUCCGGCAGCGGGAUUUACGCGACGAGAACCAGGCGUUGAAGUUCACUGAGGACGAGACGGCGUAUAAGAUCGUGAUGGACGUGCAGGGCUUCAUGGAGGGCGGCAGCGUGAACGUCAAGUCGGCGCAGGACAGGCAGUUGACGGUGGAGGGACACGUGGAGACGCAGACGGGCGGCGAGCGCUACAAGAAACACUUCCACCGUCGCUUCGUCCUCCCGCGCGACAUCUACUCGGAGUCCGUGACCUCAGUGGUGUCUGCUGACGGCGUCCUCACCAUCACGGCCCCGAAGAAGCCGUCGUCCCUUCCCCCCCGCGAGACGAUCAUUCCCGUGGGCAUCGAGGAAGGGAUACACAGGACGGAGAGCCUCAGCCGCGUGACGGAGGCGUUCUUGGAUGCGCAACGAGAGGCACGCAGCGUCCAGGAGAGGUCCAAGGAAGUGUCGGCGACGAGUACGACGACUACACAAGGAUCGUCGCGCCAAGAAUCCCUGACGGACAACCUUCCUUCGGAGUCCAGGAAGAUCGUAAGCUCACGGGAACUCAUCAUACCAGUAGUGCUUGAGGAAGAGGAAGAAGAGGAGGAGGAGGAGGAAGAAUCAAUGUCCCGUGUCGAGGUAAGUGAGGAAACCCGAACGACCACGAACAAGGAAUCUCAGGAGUCGUCCCACGCUCGCAUUGACACCACCACGACCACCACGACCACUACCAAAGUCUGGGAGAGCCACGAAGAAAAAAUAGAGAACGCGGAGACGCACACAGGCCAGGCAGUAACGAGCGGAAGUCACAUGCUGGAAACGAUCGCUGAAUCAGAAGACCUCGAAGACCUCCGAGAAGCCACGACUACAGGGGCACGCUACAAGUACAACACGGCUUCGGAGACUCUCGCAAGCCACGCCGAAGAGACGGAGAACCACGCACAAGAGAAGAUUGUGGGUUCAGUAAACAGCGAGGAUCUCACGACAACCUCAACGAGUCUUCGGCAUGCUGAAGGGGCCAAGAACCACUCUCUAGGCCUCCCCUUCGUCAAGACAGUGCCAAUCAGCCUCAAGGGGGACUUCUUCAGCGACGCCUUCUUCGAGGACGCGCGGAAGCAGUUCACGUCGGCGGUUCAGGAUGUUCUUCAGCAGACGGAGGCCACGGCUUCGGGGUCUGACGAGGUGGCGAGUUACCGAAGUCACCUCAGGAGACACCCACAGCUCGAGAACCAGGCGGCCCACGUAGAGGAGGACCUGGAGUGCUUCAAGGUUGUCCUCGAUGUACACGAAUUCGUCGGUGGAGAUCUCAAGGUGGAGGUGGAGGACGGGAAGGCGCUGGUGGUGGAGGGCCAGGCGUCGUGCGAGGAGGGCGCCUCAUCCUCCACCCUCACCUUCCGUCGCAUUUUCUCGCUGCCUUCACAAGCUGACGUGGGGGCCAUCACCUCCGCGCUCUCCUCCGACGGCGUGCUCACCAUCCUCACGCCGAAGAUAAAAAGGGAAGUCGAAGUCCCAACCGCCUGCAAGAGUGUCACGCAGAGCCACUCCAGCCGCGAGGAACAGAGCGCCGUUACUGAGGCUUGGGCGGGACAGCAGAUUCGACGGAUACAGAGAGAAGUCGAAGUCCCAACCGCCUGCAAGAGUGUCGCGCAAAGUCACUCCAGCCGCGAGGAACAGAGCGCCGUUACUGAAGCUUGGGCGGGACAGCAGAUUCGACGGAUACAGAGAGAAGUCGAAGUCCCAACCGCCUGCAAGAGUGUCGCGCAAAGUCUCUCCAGCCGCGAGGAACAGAGCGCCGUUACUGAAGCUUGGGCGGAACAGCAGGCUCGACAGAAGGUCACGGAGUCUACGAGGUGCUACUCCGAGGCAUACAGCAAGAGUGGAAGCAGUAGCAGCACCACCACAAGCAACAGCAGUAACAGUGGCAGCAGUAGCACCAGCAGUCUUCGAAGCGGUAGUUGCACCCAGCAGCAGUUCUCGUCUCAUAAUGUGUUCUGAGUCACUCCACGGGAUGACACGACGAGAUGCGGUGAGGGGAAGCUAUCACUGGGCCUAAGGAAGUCUCUGUCCCGGGUAAGGCGUUCCUGAAGAUGGAGUUUGCCGCGCGAGGGACACUGAAACUGAACCCGAGGCAAGGACAGCGGCGGCGUGGAAAGCCAGUGUUUAUAACUGUCUCGCUGAACCAAGAGACGAGGACGAGGUACCACUGGGAACACUAUGAGAGAGAGUAGAGUUUAACGCCAUCUCGUUGAACCAAGAGACGAAGACGAGGUACCACAGGGAACACUAUGAGAGAGAGUAGAGUUUAACGCCAUCUCGUUGAACCAAGAGACGAAGACGAGGUACCACAGGGAACAACAUGAGACUGAGUAGAGCUUAACGUCAUCUCGUUGAACCAAGAGACGAAGACGAGGUACCACAGGGAACAACAUGAGACUGAGUAGAGUUUAACGCCAUCUCGUUGAACCAAGAGACGAAGACGAGGUACCACUGGAAACACCAUGGGACAGAGUAGAGUUUAACGCCAUCUCGUUGAACCAAGAGACGAACACGAGGUACCACUGGGAACACCAUGGGACUGAGUAGAGUUUAACGCCAUCUCGUUGAACCAAGGGACGAGGCAAGACCAGUAACACAGAGUCACACCGAGAGAGAACCAGGCCAGCAUGCAGCCGCGCCAGAGUCCUCAUUGAACACCUGGGCUCUGUUACCUGCCACUGCACCUACUAAGGAGAGGAGCGACAGGAGGUUGUAUGACUUAGUGAGUGCUGCGCUGCUUCACACACAUACGAAAACGGAGACUGAGAAAACUAAACAAGUGGUAAAAAAAGUAAUAAGUAUAAGUAAUGAAAAAGUAAAUCUAAAUCACUCUGUGUAAGUAAGAAGUGCAGAAAAACGUCAAGAUGCAAACUAGAUUAAUGAUUAGUGAUAAGAAAAGUGAAUUAACGCAAACCUGAUAAGUAAUACGCGGUGAAAAGUGAAUCUAAUGCAAGCGGUUAUCAUAAGUGCUAUAAAGUGAAGUGGAUGUCAUAAGUUCUAAAAAGUAAAGUGGAUCUCAUAAGUGGUAAAAAGUAAAGUGGAUCUCAUAAGUGGUAAAAAGUGGAGUGGCGGUCAUAAGGACUAAAAAGUGGAGUGAAAGUCAUUAGUGCUAUAAAGUAAAGUGGAUGUCACAAGUUCUAAAAAGUAAAGUGGAUGUUAUAAGUUCUAAAAAGUGAAUCUGAUACAAACAAGAUAAGCGCACCUUCCGCAUCAAUAUCUAUAACCAUCUAUACAAACCAAGUGCUUGUAGUGUAGGCGACAAGGGAGAGACCUGAGCCUCCCAUCGCCACAACCCAACAUUCCCACGACACAUUGUGAUACAUAUUAGUGAAAGACGGCUGCUUGUAUCAUCCCUUUCCCCUACUAAAAACGCUACAC